AUGGUUACAUGGAGGUGUGUUUUUUUUUUUACAAUUAGGAUGAGCGGGAUGAUAUACCUCUGUGAUCCUGCCACCCACCGAGGCAUUGCACGUCGUGUGUUCCUUCCCCGAUACCGCCUAGCACCGCAAAGUCCCUUUCCAGCGGCCCUAAUAGACGCCCUGAUAAGCUACCUGUAUCUCCUAUAUCCUCCGCCUGGUGCCCUGCACUCCCCAGUACCCCCCUCUAAAAUCAUUAUUGCUGGUGACUCCGCCGGAGGUGGAUUGGCUUUCGCAUUAUUACAACUCCUACUGCACUUAAACCGUACAACGGGGCUCAGCUCUGGGGGCGAGGGUGAGAGCUCCUCGCUGACAUCUUCACGGAAAAACUACAGCAUUUCUUGGCAAUCAUCCCAAAGACCUAUACCUCUACCAGGAGGAAUAGUGGGAGUAAGUUCCUGGGUGGAUAUUAGUCGGUGCCUCGGCGAGAUCCGGUUGCCAAAUGGAAAUAGAGGAAGUGAGGAGGAAUGCAGAGACUGGGACUAUCUGCCUACGCCUACUGACUAUACGGGGAGGAAAUACCCCCCGUCACCAGCUUGGCCGGAAAACCCAGGGAGGAGACAUUUUUAUGCCCCAGAUGAGCUUAUUACUCAUCCACUUGUUUCUCCAAUUAUUGCUGAAUCGUGGCAUGGAUCCCCGCCAAUCUGGGUGUGUAUUGGGGAUGAGUGUUUGCGGGACUCGAAUUUUUUCUUUACCCACCGACUUUUGGAGUCUAGCGUGUGCGUUCGCUUCUUGAAGUUUACCGCCAUGCCACACUGCUUUCCCGUGGUAAUCCCACACCUUGACGUCUCGAGAAUGUGCAUUGCAAAUAUGGGCGAGUUUAUGGGAUCUAUUUUCACUAGUGGAAGUGCUAAAGCUGGCCAAACAAGAUUUAAUUCGAAAGGGGACUCCGAGAGAGUAGUUCCUGAUGAACUGGGUUUGGGUGGGCUUAAACUAGAGGACGUUGCUGCGUUAAUGAAGAACGCGGUAAAGCUUUGGGAGGAACAAGCGCAGAGGCAGAAAGAAAAAGAGACGCCGAGAUUGUAG